CUGUCAUUUGUAUGUGUAUCAAUUUGUAUUUUGUGUUUUGGCAGGCAAAGCAAGCUUUUGCAGAACUUCGCUAUUCUUGUUUAAUAUUUUAAAAAUACUGUAACAGUAUAUUCUAAUCAAAAUGGUGAAACUCACUAAUGAAUUAAUACAAAACUCCAUGCAGUACAUCAACCCAUGCAGAGAUCGAGAACUGGAUCUUAGAGGGUAUAAAAUACCUCAAAUUGAAAAUUUAGGUGCCACCUUGGAUCAAUUUGACACCAUAGACUUCUCUGAUAAUGAUAUCAGGAAGUUAGACGGAUUUCCAUUAUUGAAAAGGUUGAAGUGUAUGUUCUUUAACAACAAUAGAAUUGUACGCAUAGGUGAGGAAUUGGAACAGUAUGUACCUAAUUUAGAAAUUCUAAUAUUAACCAACAACAAUAUAACAGAACUUGGAGAUCUGGAUCCACUGUCAACACUUCCAAAACUGAAAACACUUUCUCUGAUGCACAAUCCAGUUGCUAACAAGCAACACUAUAGAGCAUAUGUUGCAUAUAAAAUGCCGGAGCUACGAUUAUUAGAUUUUAGAAAGAUCAAGCAGAAAGAGAGAGAUGAGGCCAACACACUGUUCAAGAGCAAGAAAGGGAAGGAAAUUCAAAAGGAAAUAUCAAGGAAAGCCAAGACAUUUGUGCCCGGAGGAAAUAUGCCUGAUCCAAAAGUUACAAAUCUUAAACCCCAAGAGAUCCACAAGAUUCGGGAGGCUAUUAAGAACGCUUCUUCCCUACAAGAGGUGGAACGGCUAACAAGGAUGUUGCAGUCGGGCCAAAUCCCUGGACAGAAACCUUUACAGCCACAAUCACAGACAAAUGGACAACAAGCUGAUUAUGAGGAGAUGGAGACUGAUGAAACAAUUGGUCAAUAGGCGGCGAUCAGUUUUGCAGGUGUUUAGCUGUAAGAACAGAGAACUACACUUGUGGAAGCUCAUGUACUGCUCAAAAUUUCUGCACGAUUUUCUUAGUUAAUAGUAAGAAAAUUUUUAUAUCACACGUAAAUUAUGUUGAAAAAAAAAAAUCCUUGUACCUAGGUUUGAAUUUUUUCAGUAUAAAUCGUGCGGUUAUAUUUCGUAGUCUGGGCUUACCUUUUAGUUUUAAAAAUAUUUCCAGUAUGUAUUAAGCUGAUAAGAAUAAUGAACUACUUCGAUACUUUGCUCUAAAGACAGAUACUACAUAAUUGAAUUAAAUGAAAUUUAAAAAAAAAAAAACAGAUUUAAAGGUAGGUACUUACCUACUUCAGAUAAUUCUGUUGAAAAGCAUAAUAACUGUCCGAGUAUUAUUGUGUUACGUUUACUACACUAUGUACAGAUUGGUCGAGCAGUGCUAUUCUUUUUUCUAUAAAUAAAAGUAAUUUUCUCACUGAA